CUUUGGCUCACACGCCUCGCCACGACAACGAAGACGGAGCCAUGGGAUCCGCCGCGAGCAGCGCUGCGGCGGCGGCCACAGAGCAGGAGCUGACCGAUGCCUUGAAGAAGUUAUCCCCUGAGGAGCUGGCCAAGCUGAAGACAGCGCUGGGCGGUACCAAGGUGGUCGUGGUCGGCUGGGGCCCAGUGGGCCAUGCAGUGGUGACCAAGUUAUUGGCCAAGAGUGCUGGAGCCCUAAAGAUCAGCGUCAUCAGCGAGGAGAGUUAUCCUGCUUACAACAGAGUGAAGUUGAGCAGCUUCUUCGAGCACCGAGACCCCAACAAGUUGGCACUCAGCAGUCCCGAGUGGUGCCGCGAGCAGGGCGUGGAGCUGAUCUUCGGACGUGCCACGAAGAUCGAUCGAAGUGGCAAGGUGGUUGAGGUGGACUGCAACGGCCAGUCCAAGAGCGUCCAGUACGACGAGCUGGUCAUUGCCACCGGUAGCAAGCCAUGGCUACCGCCGGUGCCGGGGCUUGGCUUGGAGGUGGAGGGUGUCUUCGUGUAUCGAAGCAUCUCCGACAUCUUCAAGAUCACGGAGCGCGCGAAGUUCUCCACGAAGGCAGUGGUCAUCGGCGGAGGUCUGCUGGGCCUCGAAGCUGCCAAGGCGGCCUACGAUCUGGGCCUGGAGACGACCAUCUUGGAGGUGGCUCCGCAUUUGAUGCCGGUGCAGCUGGACCUGGAAGCUGGGAAGAUUCUGCAAAGCAAGAUUGAGGCGUUGGGGCUCAAAGUUAAGACCGGCGUCAAAGUCUUGGAGAUCCAAACUGGUGAUGGAGGCUUGCAGGGCGUGAAGAUUGAGCAGGAGGGGGCAGAGGAGGUGUUAGCCACCACGCUUUUGAUCGUGGGCGCAGGCGUGCGGCCGAGGCAAGAGCUUGCUGAGUCCUGUGGUCUGGAGCUGGGUGGUCGCGGGGGCAUCAAGGUGGACCAGCGGAUGAAGACGGCCGAUGAACACAUUUGGGCCGUGGGGGAAAUCGCCUCCUACAACGGUGGCAUGUGUUAUCAGCUCUCAGCCCCAGGAUAUACCCAAGCAGAGAUCUUGUCCGAUCACAUGACCAACCCCAAGGCGGACGCCAAGUUUGCCGACGCCGACCUGUCGACCAAGCUGAAGCUCUUGGGGGUGGACGUGGCGUCCUUUGGUGGCAGCUCUGACUUCUGGUUCAAGCGGCAGUACAGCUCGUCAGGAGAAGAAGUCAUGUCCAAGGUCAGUAAGGACGAGGCGGCUGGAGUCUACAAGAAGUUGGUCUUCACCCCCGACGGCACCAAACUUUUGGGCGGAAUCUUGGUGGGAGACAUCUCUGCCUUUGCGCCGCUGACGGCGGUGUCCAAGCGCCCGGACAUCGGGGGUCUGUCGCCUGAUGAGCUGAUGGCAGGGCAGAUGCCCAAGGUGGACGAUGGCGGCGAUGGCACGAAUUUGGGAGAUGAUGACCAUGUCUGCAACUGCCACUCAGUGCCUAAGAAGGUGAUUCGUGAGGCAAUCAUGAAGGGCGCACACACCUUCGAGGAGAUCAAGAAGUGCACAAAGGCAGGAACUGGUUGCGGUACCUGUAUCCGAACGGGUCCUCAACCGAAGUUGCUUGCCCAUACCUUGAACCAGAAAGGUGUCGAGGCGGGCGCCUGUAAGGCGCUACCCUUCGCGCACGACGACAUCGAGGACUUGGCCAAAGCGCGUCAGCUGAAGAGCUACGAGGAGCUGGUGACGCAUUUGGGUUAUCCUGCUGCAGCUGCGGACGGCGACAAGACAGCGCUGGGCAGUGUGUUGGAUCGGAUCGGUGGAAAGCCCAAGGGAGAGGGCUUGGACCAUGUGGCGCAAUUGAAGGCGCUCAAGGAUGACUUGUGGAAGUUCGUUGACAAGAUGAACUGCAAUCCCAUCCUGGUCCGACUCGCCUGGCACGAUGCGGGCACCUACGACAAGUCCAAGACAGCCUUCGGUGAACGGGGCGGUGCCAAUGGCUCCAUACGCUUCAGCCCUGAGAUUAGCAUGGGAGCCAACAACGGUCUGGACAAGGCGGUGAAGUAUAUGGAGCCCUUCAAGGCGGACUAUCCUUUGGUCUCCUAUGCUGACCUCUAUCAGAUGGCUGCUGCUGUAUCCAUUGAGCACGCGGGCGGCCCUAAGAUUGACAUGAAAUACGGCCGCAAGGAUGCGACAGGACCGGACCAGUGUCCGGACCCCAAAUCUCGAGGCACCGCUGGCAACGCGGGGCUCCCAGAUGCGGAGCCGGGCCCGGAGGGGGCCUUUGGCUGCGGGGCCACGGAUGCGGCGACGCAUCUGCGAAACAUUUUCUACAGGAUGGGUUUCGACGACAAGGGCAUCGUGGCUCUGUCGGGUGCCCACACCAUAGGCCGCGCCUUCAAGGAACGUAGUGGCACGGUGAAGGAAGGCUAUGGAGAGAGUUCGGGUUGCCCCUACACGGUUUCCAUGCCCAAGAGCUGUCCUAUUCGCAACGAUGGUGGCUAUGGAGUUGGGAUGCCGGGCGGCAAAUCCUGGACCACCAAGUGGCUCAAAUUCGACAACGAAUAUUUUCAGCCAGCGGUCUAUGAAGAGAAAGACAAGGAUCUUCUGUGGCUAUCUUCCGAUCGAUGUCUUCACCAAGACGAGGGAUUCAAGCAAUACUUUAUGCUCUACAAGGACGAUCAAAGCGCUUUCUUCCGAGACUUUGCGGAAGCGUACAAGCAAUUAUCAGAGCAGGGAGCCCAAUUUGAGCCAGAGGCAGGCGUCACACUUUAGGGCAGCAAAGAAAAACACCACACCAACGGGGUGAUUUGAAGCAGCGGU